AUAAAUAAAGAAUGGCAUUGGUUUUAUUUUUAGUGCUAAAAAAAUAUUUUUUUAAAUUAGCAUACUUUUGUGUUUUGCUUUGUUACCGAAAUUGGUACCGAGAACCGUGGAUUUUCACUGGUAUCGGUACCGAAGACUGAAAUUUUGGUAACGUGACAGCACUAGUAGGAUCUAAACCAUCUUAGAGCCUGCCCUUGAAUACCUGUAUAGUUUUGUAAUCGAUCUACGAGUAUGUCAUGAUCUAUGGUGUCGAACGCAGCCCUAAGAUCAAGUGAAAUUAGAUUUUUAAUUUUAACAAGUGCAGUUUCUGUGCUAUGGUGGGGCCUGAAACCUGACUGAAACAGAUCAUUUUUAUGCAGGAAGGUGCUCAAUUGAUCAGACACAACUUUUUCAAAAAUUUUAGACAUAAAUGGAAGAUUUGAAAUAAGCCUAUAAUUUGCCAGUUCACUAGGAUCUAGUGUUAGUUUCUUAAUAAGAGGCUUAAUAACCGCCAGCUUGAAUGGUUUUGGGAUGUGACCUAAAGAUAACGACGAGUUAAUGAUAUUGAGAAGCGGUUCUUCGGCUACAGGUAACAACUCUUUUAGUAAUUUAGUGGGCACAGGACCUAAUAAACAUGUUGUUGGUUUAGAUACAGUGAUAAGUUUAUUUAGCUCUUCCUGUCCUAUAUUUGUAAAGCACUGCAGUUUAUCUUUGCGAUGGAUAAAACUCAAGUGUUAGGUCCGGUGACAUUUUGCUUGACUCCAAAAGAGUUUAUUAGGUCAGUAAACGCAAGUCCUAAUGCAUCAUUUGUAUUAUCAACGUGAAUAUUAAAAUCUCCCAUGAUUAGCGCCUUAUCAACUGUAACCAGAAGGUCUGAGAGGAAAUCUGCAAAUUCUUUUAGGAAUUCUGUAUACGUCCCUGGUGGUCUAUAUACAGUAGCCAGAGCAAGAGAUAAAUUAGAUUUCUUUUGCAUGUCUGACAGUGUAACAUUUAGCAGAAGUAUUUCAAAAGAGUUAAACCUGUAUCCUGUUUUCUGGGUAACAUUGAGAAUAUCACUAUAUAUUGUUGACCAGUCUGACGGGGCUCAUGCUUAUAACAGUAGUUUGGUGGAGUAGACUCAUUUAGACCAAAAUAAUCAUUUGGUUUUAGCCAGGUUUCAGUCAAGCAGAGUAAAUCAAAACUAUUAUCUGUGAUCAUUUCAUUUACAAUAACUGCUUUUGGUGUGAGUGAUCUAAUAUUUAUGAGCCCAAACUUUAAAGAUUGUUUUUGUUCAUUUACUUUACAUGUUUCUGGUUUAAUCACAAUAAGAUUUUUUCUAGAUCCUACAUUAAAUUUAUAUUUUGACCUCACUAUUCGGAGAACAGACACAGUCUGAAUAGAUUGUACAGUGCAAGUACUUUUAUCAUUUAAGCGGGUGACAAAUGUCAUCAUAAUAGUUAUUUGAGAAUUGUCUAGGAAAAGCCUAGGACGCUCCCAGAAAAGAUUCCAAUUAUUAACAAAUAGCAGUUUCUGUUCUUUACACCAUGACAACAACCGUUCAUUUAAAGCAACAAGUCUACUGAACCUUUCGUGUCCUCGUUGAUAAGGAGUGAAGGUGAUCGCGUCCUGGGUGCACUGGGCCUGUGCAGAGAAACACACGGAGUAGACGUGGUGGGAGUGUUAACAGCACGCUGUAUACUUACACCGAACUUGUGAGCGUCAGCCCGGGAUGAUUCCAGCGCAGCUCUUCGCUCUCUCAGCUGGGCCUGCCUCUCCUCCAGGUCUCGAAUCCUCCAACGUGUCCUCGCCUGCAAUCAAAAAAUUCAUGUUCAGUGAAGCUCCCCACAACAAUCACAAAUAAAUUAAUUCACCAUUAAAAGCUGGAAUAUAUCAGUUUACGAGUGAAGACGAGCCUCAAAUCAUCAGGAGGAGUUUAUUAAAGAGGAAAGAGAGGAGAUGGGAGAUCCAGAACCCUGCAGAAUCAAACACACUGAAGAUACUGAAGAACUAACAGAGUUGAUGGAAGAAAAUGAGAAGCAUGAAGAAUUGAGUGAAGUUGAGAGAAAAAAUCAAUUCAGGACUGAAGAAAAACCUUUGAGUUGCUGUCAAACUCAGAAAGUUUUAAAGAAAAGAAGAGCCCAGAAAUCUUUCUCCUGUACUCAGUGUGGAAAGAGAUUGACAUGCAAACAUCAUCUUGAUCUUCACAUGAGGAUUCACACUGGAGAGAAACCUUACAAGUGUUCACACUGUGACAAGAGAUUCAGACUGUCAGGACAUCUGAAAACACAUGAGAUGAGCCACAAUGGUAUUAAACCGUUUACUUGUGAUCAGUGCGGAAAGAGUUUCACAAUAAAAGGAAGCCUUACAUCACACAUGAGAGUUCAUACUGGAGAGAAACCAUUCACUUGUGAUCAGUGCGGGAAGAGUUUCUCACAAUCAGCAAGUCUUAAGUUACAUAUGAACAUCCACACUGGAGAGAAACCACACACAUGUGAUCAGUGCGGGAAAACAUUUUUGAGGGAUUCAAACCUGAAGCAGCACCUGAGAGUUCAUACAAAGGAGAAGCCACAUUCAUGUCAUUUGUGUGGAAAGAGUUUUUCAUUAAUACAAAGUUUGAAAGAACAUCAGAAAAUACAUACUGGUGUGAGAGAGUACAUGUGCUUUGAGUGUGAAAAGACUUUUAUUACUGCAAACGGUUUAAAAAAGCAUGAGAGGAUUCACACUGGAGAGAAACCUUACAAGUGUUCACACUGUGACAAGAGAUUCAGUCGGUCAGGAGACCUGAAAACACAUGAGAGGAUUCACACUGGAGAGAAACCUUACAAGUGUUCACACUGUGACAAGAGAUUCAGAGAUUUAGGAAACCUGAAAAAACAUGAGAGGAUUCACACUGGUAUUAAACCGUUCACUUGUGAUCAGUGCUGGAAUAGUUUCACACAAAAAGGAAGCCUUACAUUACACAUGAACAUCCACACCAGAGAGAAACUGUACACAUGUGAUCAGUGCGGGAAGAGUUUCACACAAAAAGGAAGCCUUACAUCACACAUGAACAUCCACACUAGAGAGAAACUGUACACAUGUGAAUCAGUUAAUUAAUGUGGAAAGAGUUUUUCACACUCAUUCAACUUUAAGCAUCAUAUGAACAUUCACACAAGUGUGUGUGCAUUUAUUAUUUUUUUGGAGGGUUGGGUCUGAGGACCCUGCUGGACACCUUUAUUAGGGCCCGAGCACCGAGGUGCGAGGACCCUCUUGUAUCUGCUUUGUUUAUUAUUAUUAUUCUUCUUCUUCUUCUUCUUCUUCUUCUUCUUCUCCCGAAUGAAUCGCAUUUUUGAGGGCUUUAACAUGCUCAAAAAGUCAUGAAACUUUGCACACGCGUCAAACCUGGUGAAAAUUUUCGUCUGAUAUAGGAUUCAGAAGAGGGUGUGGCAAAAUGGCUCGACAGCGCCACCUGUACUAAGAAAAUCAACAGCCUUCCAGCUAUGUUUCACGUACAUGCACGAAAAUUGGCACACAUAUGUAACACCAACACCUACAAAAAAGACUCUUGCAGCGAAAUUCUAAACCCAACAGGAAUUCGGUUAUUUUUAAUAUUAUGAGCAUAUUUUGUGUAAUUUUGGUCAUUUCCAUGUGUUGUAUUUUAACGAACUCCUCCUAGAGAGUUCUUCAAAUCAACACCAAAUUUGGUAUGCCUAAUCUAAAGGCCAGACAUACAAUGUCCAAUCUGCCCCAAACUUCACAUGUUUGAUGAGACUCUGAACCUGAACAUAUUGACAUGCGCAUAUUCAGUUAUAGUCAUAGCACCACCUAUUGGCAACAGGAAGUGACAUAUUUUACACUGCGAUGAACUACUCCUAGAAAUUUUAUGACAUCAAUGUCUUUUUUGUGGUCAGUCUAAUCUAAAGGCCUGUGCGAUGUUAAGUUGUGAAGAUCUUGAGUUUUCGUUAAAAGGCGUGUCCAUGGCGCCAUCACGAAGUUCGAUGUCUCGCCAUGGGAAUAAAAGAUGUUAUAACUCAGGCAUAAAAUGUCCGAUCUUCCCCAAACUUCACAUGUGUGAUAAGAGUCCUGGCCUGAACACAUCUGAAGGCCAAUAUUCCAUCAGGUGUGGCAAAAUGGCUCUAUAGCGCCACCUAUACACUUUCAACGGAGUGCGCUUCGAGCUAUGUUUCACGUACAUGUACAAAAAUCGGUAUACACAUGUAACACACCAAUACCUACAAAAAAAUUUUCUUGGUACGAAAUCCGAAUCCCAACAGGAAGUCGGUUAAUUAGAAUUUUCUCUGCAAAAUUGGCGUUGUUUUUGCCAUUUUCAGGGGUUGUAUUUUAACGAACUCCUCCUAGAGAUUUAUUCAGAUCAACACCAAACUUUGUCAGUGUAAUCUAAAGCCCUUUGCGAUAAUAAAUUGCGAAAGACUUGAGGUUUCGUUAAAGGGCGUGUCCAUGGCGGCCUGACAAAUUUCGAUGUUUCGCGAUGAAAAAGGAAGUUGCUGUAACUCGGACAUACAAUGUCCAAUCUGCCCCAAACUUCACAUGUUGGAUAAGACUCUUGACCUGAACAGAUCUACAUGCCAAUAUUCAGUUAUAGUCAUAGCGCCACCUAUUGGCAACAGGAAGUUACAUAUUUUACACUGCGACAAACUACUCCUAGAAAUUUUAUGACAUCAAUGUCUUUUUUGUGGUCAGUCUAAUCUAAAGACCUGUGUGAUGUUUAGUUGUGAAGAUCUUGAGUUUUUGUUAAAAGGUGUGUCCAUGGCGCCGUGAUGAAUUUCGAUGUCUCGCCAUGGGAAUAAAAGAUGUUAUAACUCAGGCAUAAAAUGUCCGAUCUUGCCCAAACUUCACUUGUGUGAUAAGGGUCCUGGCCUAAACAGAUCUGAAGGCCAAUAUUCCAUCGAGUGUGGCAAAAUGGCUCGAUAGCGCCACCUAUACACUUUCAACGGAGUGCGUAUACACUUUAAACUGAGUGCGCCUCAAGCUAUGUUUCACGUACAUGUACAAAAAUCGGUACACACAUGUAACACACCAAUAUCUACGAAAAAGUCUCUUGGUACGAAAUCCGAAUCCCAACAGGAAGUCAGUUAUUUAGAAUUUUCUCUGCAAAAUUAGUGUUGUUUUGGCCAUUUUCAGGGGUUGUACUUUAACAAACUCCUCCUAGAGAUUUAUUCAGAUCAACACCAAACUUGGUCAGUGUAAUCUAAAGCCUUUUGCGAUCUUAAAUUGCGAAGAUCUUGAGGUUUCGUUAAAGGGCGUGUCCAUGGCGGCCUGACAAAUUUUGAUGUUUCGCCAUGAAAAGGAUGUUGUUGUAACUCAGGCAUAAAAUGUCCAAUCCUCCCCAAACCUCACAUGUUCGAUAAAAGUCCUGCCCUAAACACAUCUGAAGGCCAAUAUUCCACUAUAAUGAUAGCACCACCUGCUGGCAACAGGAAGAUUGGCACAUAUAUGGAAUAAACAUUGAUAUAUUCUACUUAUAUUUAUGAGUUUAAACGCAUAUUUCUCACCGUUCACCUAUUAACUAAAGCCACUCGCUGCCGGUGAGCCCGGGUGCGAGGGCCCGUUCAUCGCUGCUUGCAGCUUUAAUUUUCUCUUGUUUUGUGUAUCUGCAUGCAUCAUUUGGAAUUGAACUGUUGAGACUUGUGUGGAAUUAAUGUAUUGUAUUAUAUAUAUUCAGGCUCAACCUGUCUUUGGCAGUGAAGCUGUGUGCCUUUGAUAAGGCUGGUAUUUCCCAGUGGAUUCUGGGAGACGUAGCUGAUCAGUACUUAAACAUUUUACUGUUCUUUGUUCUGUACUUGACCAUCUCUGUCACAUAUGUAUAAAACUUGAUUGAACAAUAAUCUUCAUUCUUUAUUUUUCUAAUUUAACAUUUUAAUUUGAUUGAAAAUUGUAUUAAGCAUGGUCUUUGCUUAAAUUUAAAAGGCUCAUUUUGUAAAUGUCAAUUAUUAAUUUAAUUAUUAAUUAUUAAUUUAAAUGAUAGACAAACACAGACUGGGUGCUUAAAGCUGUAUAGAGACAGAAGAAUGAGGUUAAUCUCCAGCAGUUUUAGUGAUCUUGUAGACAAAACUUCUUUAAGCAAAUGUGUUUAAUCUUAUCUAAAUGAAUUCUAAUUUUAAUCUAAUUUAAUUUUAAUCUAAAUGUAAUAUAUGCAUACGUCUGUGCACUGAAGAAAAACACAGCUUCCUUGUUUUAUUUAUUUAUUUUGAUCUGGUCUUAAGUUCUUGUGAUCAAGACAUAACAAAAUUGCUGGAAACUUCAUAAAGUAAAAAUAGAAUAAUAUCACAUGGCCUGUAUGUUUUUUGUGCUGUUCUGAUGAGUUAAAAUGCCUAUCCCGAUGUGAAAAUGCCCAGUAAUUGAGAAACACCCUCUUUUUGUUCCGCGUCCGGAGAUGAAAACACUUCAGUUUAUUACAAAGAUGUUUGAAUUACAGUGAAAAACAUUAUGCACUGAUACAGUGCAGUGUAAUAGAGGAAAAAUAUAGUGUUAUGUGAUAAUUGAAAAGAAUAUGUAGUAGAAAUUGGUUGGUCACACUUUAUAUUAAGUGUCCUUAAUGCCUGUGUAUUUACAUAGUAACUUAAUGUGUAUGUAGGAUGUAACCAGAGUGUAAGUUUGGUAAGUUAAGUAACACAUUGGUACAUUGUAUCUACAGCUGUAAUGUUUCUGUAACUACAAACAUGUAACAACCCUCAGGAUGGUUUGUGUAAUUACAAAUGUGUAACAGAACAUUGGUAACAACACUUUUUUCACUUAAGUACUCGUGUAACAGGAAUUAUAUAACUUAAUUUUGUAACAACAA